CAUCAGACCACUCUCCUGAGUCCUCUCUCGCUCUCCUGGUCUUCUUGCCAUCCUCGCCACCACAUCCUCUCCAACACACCAAAAAUGAGUCGCGCCCUGUGCCCCGCCCUGGUGAUCCUGGCUGCCCUGCUCGCACUGGUGGCCUCUCAGGGCUUCUACUCACAACGCUACGGCAAAAGAGGAGAGACGAGGGAAAUGGCUGUUCGGUCGGUUCGUUAUGCCAAUCAGAACGCGCGGUCCAAUCUGCCUCAGGGUCUUCCAGAGAUCAAGAUCCGAUCCUCCCGGUUCAUUGGAGGCUCCCGCUACGGCAAGAGGUCCGGCUUCCCCUCAGAACCCGAGCUCCCCUCCGUCAUGACUCCCGAAGGUGAAGACACUGAAGUGGCCGCCACACUCCUGCUGGGGGACUCCAUCCUCUGUUUCCUCGUCGACGUCCCUGAUAUCUACCGCUGCCUCAGGAAACCCACUUCUGAAGAGGCGACUAACUGAAGCAGUUGAAGACUCAUUCGUAUCCUUGAGGAGAAAGUCGAGUUCUAGGGGAAAGAGAUCAGCAACAUACCACGAUGGAAAACCAGCAUCACCAGACCACGAAGGUAAAGACCGGCAACAAACCUUGAAGUACACAGCUGCAGCAGCACCACAGAGACCAUCAGAGAAGAAAUGAAGCAGAAAGCCUUAGCACAGACCAUGAACGCAGACCGGCAACCAAAUCUUUGCGUUCAAAGCAGCACAGAAUACAAGCAGAGAUAAUCAGUACAGACUACAGACAUGGUCCACCUGACGAUCCACCCUCCUCCUCCUCCCCUGAACCCUCCCCCCAACUCCGACAUCGUUUUCCUUCCAGUGACCACAAAAUUUAUUCAUCUCUUGGGUAUUGAACGCUGAGCUUUGGACCGGAAACAAUGACCCGGAAAUUAAAGUUGCCUCUGGCACAAACAUUCUGUCUCCUUGCAAAAGCAAUCCGCUUCCUUGCGCAACAUUCCACUUGUUUGCAAGAACAUUCCUCUUCCUUGCGAGGACAUUCCGCUUACUUACUCUUUAUUUCGUCCCCUCAGGCAGAUAUGUUUGGCCGGAAGAUAUUUAACACUCACUGAGAAAAAUCUUGAUUUGAUAUUUGUCACAGGUAAAGACAGGUGUCUCUGCUGAGGCUGUGUUACUGUUAACGUUUAUACCAGAGAAGAGAACCAACCUCAUAACUGAUGGAAAUAAUUGAAAAGACGACUGCUGGAAGACCCCUUCCCACUGCUGGAAGGGCACGUACCACCGCCGGAAGAUCAUUUAAUCCUGCCGGAAAAAAAACAAUAAAUUCCAGGUAAAGUCGCCGGGUCACCAAUUGGACAAGACCCGCGCUGGAACACACAAGGUCACCAACACAGUAAGGGUCUACAUUAAGAAAACAAAAGAAGACUUUUGCAUACUGGAAAUCCACGAAGGCUUCAAGACAACCAAAUAUGAAAUCACCAAAGAAAAGAAAGUUUAUUUAGGCACAGGUACACAUAAGUAGAAUUAUCAUACAUAGUGUAAAUUACCCAGGAUAACCCCAAAAAAAAGUGUGUUGCCCUCUCUACAACCUCGAGUUCCACGCUCUCUUCUCAUCUGUAGUUAUAGAAUAGACAUAAUAUUUAUGUCACGGAGUACCAAGAACCUGGUGCGAGGCAACAGUGUACAGUGGGCAAAGGCGCGCAUGGCGUGUGUACAUAUAUACGUACAUUUAUAUACACUCACUGCUCAUGUGUAUUGUACGAGGCUGGCGGCGAUGCGCCUGGCAGCGGUGUUGUUAGGCUGCCCUUCACUGUACGACAAUACCUCCAAAUGAAGGCCGUCAAUGGAUGUCAGCAAUUUUCAAUAAAACAAAUACACUGUUUGUACUUC